AUGUCAGGAGAAAAAUUAGAUAUUGAAAAAUAUCAACCACUGGCCGAACUGGGCAUUCAAUUGACAAGUGCUGCGGAAAUAGAAGUCGUCAAGAAAUAUAUAAAGCGACAGAAAAACGAGAAUGCUGCAGAGAAUCCCGAUAUUUUUCAGUGUAUUUUUAGACAAAAUGAAUUUCUAGCGACUUGCCGUACUUUCUCAUGUAGUACGGCUCUUUGUGAAUCCAGUUUUUCUACCCUUACUAGAAUUGAUAGACCUCAGCCACCUCAGAGGAGGUCAAUGUUACAUCCGAGACUGGGAAACCUUACCCAUUUAGCAUUUGAAAAAGAAAACAAAAAACAUAAAUAUUGA